UGGAAAAUCAGAAAAUAUAAAGAAGAUAGAAAAUGGAAGAGUAAAAAGCAGAGAAUACAAAAGAGUAAUUGUUUGGAGUGAAGAGAGUAAUGGUUGCAUAGUUAAAAGAAGGAAAGAGGCCCCUCUCUGAAUCCAACUGCAACUGACAUUUUCAGGCAUUCCUUGGAGUAGCAUUAAAGCUUUUGUUUGGAUUGGAUCUGCUCAAUCCAAAAACAAUAACGGCAGAUGAAGAAGGUUGGUUUAUAAGCAUAAAGAUGAUUGACUUUGUGAUGAAAAAGAUAUGGGUUCUGUUUCUCAUGUCCUGUUCCUUCUCCUCUUCAUCUUCAUCUCCAUCUUCCUCUUUUCCAAUCUCCAUCUCAUGUCCGGUGCUUGGACUCUUAAAUACAAGCCCCAUAAGACUGAUGAUGAUAAUGUCUUGGUAGAUAUGGAUGGCGAUGGGAAGGAAAACAAGAUUGAGGUGGUGUCUGGAGAGGAUGAGAGUGGAGAAAUGGGCAUGUUGGUGUUGGAGAAAUUUAGGUUCUUGCUUGGACUGAAGAGCUACUACUACAGAAGACAAUUACAUGGUCAUGAAGAUCAAUGGUUUUCGCCUGCUCCAGCGCCUUUCGACUCUUUAACACGUGCUCCUGCUCCAUUGUUUCCAACACACAUACCCCACCUUGCUCCAUCACCCCAUUUGAAGCUGAUUCUCCCUCCACCACCACAAAAUUCGGCGGUUCAAGGAAGAAAACAAAGUGAGGGUAGAGUGAGGAGAAUUGUAAUUGCAGUGGUUGUGUCUGUUGGAUCAACCUCCGUUAUUGCUGCCGUGGUCGUCAUUCUGAUUUGUUGGAGACAUGUAAGAAGUCGGCCAAAGAGAUCUGGGAGAACAAUGCUGGUUACAGGCAUUGGCGGUGUAUCGGGCAGACACAAGAUUGUGAAUGCUUCAACUUCCACCAACAAGGUUAGUUUCGAUCCGGGCCCGGAGCUUUUUUACCUGAACUCUUUAGGAACUUUCCCAGAGGGAGUUUCUUGUAGUAAACGGACUUGCCAAACUGUAAAUGUUCCAUCGAAUGAAAUCCCAACAGACUCUCCAUUACAUGAGGCAGGUGAGUCUAGUGGAGAUCCAACAAAGUGUGAAUUCGACCAUGUUAGUUGUAAUUCAGUUGAUGAAAUCCUUCCUCUUCAACCUUUGUUGACAGAUGAUGAGUCCUUUCAUUCAGUCUGCAAUUCCCAUUCGUCAAAUGCCCGAUUUUCCAAUGCUUCAGAGGCUAAUUUCGGUAACCCAUCAGUUACUUCUUCUCCAUCGUAUUUAUCAAAGAGAUCUCCCUCACCGGAUCAUAAUUCUACAGCUGAAACUACUAUUUCUACACUGAGAUCUCCAACUAGGCCAAUCACACCAGACACAUCUCCUCUUCAUCAUUUAAGUCUACAGUCGUCUCCUUCCUCUCCUUCCUACAGUUCAAAUCAGACACAAACAAUGGCCUCAUUUCUGUCAAGCAUGUCAAGGUCUUCACCUGACAAUGCAAAUAAUUCAUGGGUGCCAUCCUCACCUUCUGCACCAGAUCUGACUCCUCCAGUUCCUUCAAAUGAACAGCCUUCUCCUUCACUUUCUACGUCCUGUUCUGUCACACAAAUGCCAUUAGGGAUGCCAUGUUCUCCUAGAAUCAAUCCAAACAAUGUACUUUCAAGUCCAAGUAGAUCUGUUCAUCCUUUGAAUUCAGACUCUAGUUCCAAGGAAAUCCAUCUGGCAUCUCAUCCACCUUCUGUGCCACUCUCUACGCCUCUCCAGAAACCUUCCCAAUCUUCAGCAACACAAGUGGUAGUUCCUGGAAGCAUUCCAAAGCCGCCAUGUCCACCAUUAUCACUUCUACAACCUCCUCUUCUAAAGGGAUGUAACUCGAACCGGCCCCCACCACCCCCACACCUCCUACCACCACCAUUUCUGAAGGGACGUAGCUCAAGCCAGCUGCCGCCACCCCCACCUCUCCUACAACCUCCGUUUCUAAAUGGACGUAACUCAAGACAGCCCCCCCCACCACCACCUUUCCAAGGCGAGCAAUUUAUAGCAGUUGGCAAAGAUGGAGCUCCUCUGCCAAAAUUGAAGCCACUGCACUGGGACAAAGUCAGGGCUGCCCCUGAUCGUUCGAUGGUGUGGGACAAGCUGAGAUCAAGCUCAUUUGAGUUGGAUGAGGAAAUGAUUGAGUCCCUCUUCGGUUACAACCUGCAAAACUCGAUGAAGAACGAGGAAGCAAAGAGCAAGAGCCCAUCUCCAAGCAAGCAUGUUCUAGAUCCUAAGAGAUUACAGAACAUAACCAUACUCUCCAAGGCCUUGAAUGCAACUUCCGAGCAAGUCUGUCAUGCUCUGAUGCAAGGAGAUGGUCUACGCGCACAGCAAUUAGAGGCAUUGGCGAAAAUGAUGCCUACAAAGGAAGAAGAAGACAAGCUGUCGAACUAUCAAGGAAAUAUCAAUGAACUUGGAUCAGCGGAGAAAUUUGUGAAGACGAUCAUAAACAUUCCAUUCGCCUUUCAGAGAAUUGAGGCCAUGCUUUACAGGGAUACUUUUGAAGAUGAAGUGGUUCAUCUCAGGAAGUCCUUUGCAAUGCUAGAAGAGGCAUGUAAGGAAUUGAGAUCCAGCCGUCUGUUCUUGAAAUUGCUAGAAGCUGUGCUCAAAACAGGAAAUCGCAUGAAUGUUGGAACAAUCCGAGGAGGUGCUAGAGCAUUCAAACUUGAUACGUUACUUAAACUUUCCGAUGUAAAAGGAACAGAUGGGAAGACAACACUUCUGCAUUUCGUCGUUCAAGAAAUGAUCCGCUCAGAAGGUAUUGAACUGUCUGAGAAUGCCAUAGAGAAUGGAAAUCAUAAAAAUAGAAAUAGAAACAAGAGUGCAGAAGAAUGGGAAGAAGAUUACAAAAUUAUGGGUUUGGAUCUUGUUUCGGGCCUAAGCACCGAACUCGACAACGUGAAGAAAACAGCCACAAUUGACUUGGAUGUUUUGGCGAGCUCUGUCUCAAACCUCUCUGAUGGAAUGGUUAAGAUGCAAAAUCUAAUACAGAAGGAUCUGUUGACAGACAACAAGAAUAUGAUUUUCAUCCAUUCAAUGAAAUCCUUCCUCAAUCACGCUGAAAAGGAUAUCAAGGAGUUAAAGGAAGAUGAAUAUCGAGUCUUUUUAAAUGUAAGAGAAAUUACAGAAUAUUUUCAUGGAGAUGUGAGCAAGGAUGAAGCGAACCCACUUCGGAUUUUUGUAAUUGUGAGGGACUUCUUGGGCAUGCUAGAUCGAGUUUGUAAAGAGGUUAGAAGCUUGAGGAUCCAAAGUAGUCCAAAUUCGGUGGUUCCCUUCCGUUAUCGGUAGGUGAGAGAUUACAAGAUAUGAUGAUGAUCAAUGACUUUGGCUUGAAAUUUUAUUAAGUAUAUAUAUAUAUAUAUAAUUUUUAUUUUUAUUUUUUAAGCAAUGUUUAUAGAAUUUGGAUCUUCUAUUCAAGUGAAUUACACAUAGGGAUGAAAGCAUGAAUGAGAAAGACAAACGCACCUCUGUGAUUUUGUAAACUUCUAUUGACAAG